AUGGCGCUGGCCCUCAUCCUGGGUUGGUGGCCGGUGGCAGCGAGCAGGGCACAGCAACUGCCCCCACCCUCUCUGUCGCUGCACCCCAGCCAGGGGGUGUCCCUGGGGGACACUGUCACCCUGCGCUGCCACCUGCCCCAGCUGGCUGCCCGGGUCCGGCUCUGCCAGGAAGAACGAUUCAUCUCCUGCAUGUACAAGCACCAGGUACAGAACACGGCUGAGUUCUCCUUUGUUAGCACAAGUAAGGAACAUGCGGGGACUUAUCGGUGCCAGUACCAGGUGUCAGAAGAAUGGGGGGCAUGGCAGAAGACUGACCCCGUGGAGCUGGUUGUGACAGAUUCCGACUUACCCCCACCUGCCGUUUCCCUGCGCCAGGAGGGAUGUGUGGAGAUGGGGACCAACGUCACCCUC